UAAUCAUAAAGUUUAAAAUAAUGAGAAUCAUAAUAAUUACACACAUAACAAAUACAGAAAGCAAAAGUUAAUUACUACCUGGCUUAUUAAUAAUUUGAACUAGGUAAUGAAUUAAUUAGACGUGAAUAAUGAAAUUGACAGAUCCCACCUAAAAAUAAAGAAAUAUAUUUCACCCUCAUGAAAGCAUCUCAAUGCGCACAAUAAAAACCCAUUGAGUUGAGAGUAUACUAUACUAUACUAUUCCUCUUGUUUAUUUUUUUCUUUUUCUGAUCAUAAUUAUUCCCUCUCAAGCUGUAUAAUAGCUAGGUAGGGACAUAUAUCUUCUUCUAUAUGCAGCUUGGUGAUGCAACAGUAAUGAUGGAGACUUGUUCCGGUGAGAAUAUUGUACCGGUUACGGCGCAAAACGGAGGCGGCCGUGAAGAGAAAGGAAGAGAGGUUGGUGGUGAGGAAGAUGAUAAGAUGAAUAUCAAUAUUAACGGUGGUGGAGGAAAUAGGUGGCCCCGCCAAGAAACAUUGGCUCUCUUGAAGAUAAGAUCAGAUAUGGAUGGUGUUUUUCGUGAUUCAAGUCUUAAGGGUCCACUUUGGGAAGAGGUUUCAAGGAAACUAGCUGAUCUUGGUUAUCACAGAAGCUCAAAGAAGUGCAAGGAGAAAUUUGAAAAUGUAUACAAGUAUCACAAAAGAACCAAAGAAGGUAGAAGUGGGAAAUCAGAAGGAAAAACCUAUAGAUUUUUUGAUCAAUUACAAGCACUUGAAAAACAACUCACAUUCUCCUCUUACCAUCCAAAACCACAAACAAAUAAUAACACACCAACAACAAAUCCCAUUGAAACCACACAAGCAAUAUCAUAUGUCACAACCACUGUUCCAUCCACAAACCCUACCACAUUCAUUUCUCCUUCACCACAACCUAACAACAACAAUGUUCCAAAUUCUUUGCCAAACAUGAACAACCUAUUCUCGACCGCAACAACCUCGACUUCUUCUUCCACAGCUUCGGAUGAAGACUUGGAAGAGAAGUAUAGAAAGAAGAGAAAAUGGAAGGACUAUUUCAGGAGACUCACAAGACAAGUGCUUGCAAAACAAGAGGAAAUGCAAAAGAAGUUUCUUGAAGCCAUAGACAAACGUGAAAAAGAACACAUUGCUCAACAAGAUGCUUUGAGAAUUCAAGAAAUGGAAAGAAUCAGUAAAGAACACGAACUUCUUAUCCAAGAAAGAUCAUCAGCAGCUCAAAAAAAUGCAGCUGUUAUUGCAUUUCUCCAAAAAUUGUCUGGACAACCACCACCUCAACCACCGCUAGCACCAGAGCUGUCUGUGUGUCAGACAGCUCUGGCAUCACAAGUUCAAACACAACAACUAGUGAUACCAAACAACAACAUUGUUGAAUUUCAAAAUAUGAAUAAUGGUUACAAAAGUGGUAACGGUGGCGCUUCUCCUUCUCCAUCAAGGUGGCCAAAAAGUGAAGUUCAUGCUCUAAUAAGGAUAAGAACAAGUCUUGAACCAAAGUAUCAAGAAAAUGGGCCAAAAGCACCAUUAUGGGAAGAUAUUUCAGCUGCAAUGAAGAGACAAGGAUACAAUAGGAAUGCAAAAAGGUGCAAAGAAAAAUGGGAGAAUAUCAACAAAUACUACAAGAAAAUGAAGGAAAGUAACAAGCAAAGGCGUGAUGAUAGUAAGACAUGUCCUUAUUUUAAUGAACUUGAAGCUAUUUACAAAGAAAAGAACAAAACACAGAACCUUUUUGGUUCUAAUUCGUUUCAUAGCAUGAAGUCAAAUGAGACGAUGGAGCCAUUGAUGGUGCAGCCAGAACAACAAUGGAGACCUCCAACUACAUUUGAAGAGGGUGAUGUGGUGAAGAAGAAUGUUGAUGAAGCAAAAGAAGAAGAUGACAAUGGUGAUGUUGAUGAUGAUGAAGAUGAAAACAUGGAUGAAUAUGAAGAUGGAGAUAGCAUGGAAGAAGAUGAAGGAGGUGUUAGUAGCCGUUAUGAAGUUGUGACAACAAAUAAACUUUCAUCAAUGGACACAAUUGUAUGAGACAAGAUAAGGAAGCGUCUCAUUGGAUGUAAACAACAGACACAAAGAUUGACCUAGAUCCUCUGCAUCUGCAGUAUCGUGUUGUACCUAUAGAAAUUUUUAGAUUUUGAAGAGAAUUUUUCUCUUUAAAUCUAACGGUUGCUACGGUACAACAUAUCUGAAGCAGUAGAGGAUCCAGUUUCGUGAGAUCAUAGAUUUUUCUUUUGGAUUUUAUUUAAAUUAUUUUGUGCAUUUGGGAUUAAAGAUGUUAUUGAACUUUGUCACUGAAAAUAGUCAUAUAUUAAAGGCAUACCACAAACACCUGGACCAUAAAAAUUCAAUUUAUUUUUUUCUUUUUAAAUCAUGGUCCCAUUUGAAAAAGCAUCAUUAUGUAUGUUCAUGUUCAUCUGGGUUCUGACACAAUACAUUCUGAAAAUCAUGGGCCAGCUUAAAAGUAGAUCAUUGGAGUUGUGGGUCAGAUUCAAGCCGUCAUGAACUGAGAUCAGAGAUUCAAUGUUGUUAAACAGUUCACAUGGGCCAGCAAAGCAACUAUAGUGGAAUGAGAUGAGAGGAUGAGUACAUGUUUUUUUAGGCUCUUAAUAAAUAUUGUGUAAAGUAUAAAUUGAAUAUGACAGAGAGGUCCCAAUAUUAGAUGAUUUAAAAAAAAUGUCACAUGCUAUAGUCUUGUAAUUUUCA